GAGCCCGAGCCCGGGAUGGAGGAAGAGGAGGAGGAGGAAGAAGAGGGGCUGAACCGCGGAGCGCAGGCCCAGCUUCAAGGCAAGGUCCUAUUUCUUACAAUAUGUGCUGCUGGGAUUGGAGGGACUUUCCAGUAUGGCUACAACAUCUCCAUCAUCAAUGCUCCAACUACAUACAUUCAGACGUUUAUAAAUGAAACAUGGCUAGAACGCACAGGUGCAUCUCUAGAGAGCAGUGUGAUAUUGCUGGUGUGGUCUUUCGUUGUUUCUGUCUAUUCUCUGGGGGGACUCACUGGAGCUCUCAUUGCAGGACCCAUGGCUAUCAAGCUGGGAAGGAAGACGUCCUUGCUGCUGAAUAACGCGUUUGUGAUCAUAGCUGCAGUCUUGUCAGGAUUCAGCCGGAUGGCCAAAUCCUUCGAAAUGAUCAUGCUCGGCAGAUUUUUCACUGGAAUCAAUGCUGGUGUGAGCAUGAACAUUCAGCCCAUGUACCUGGGGGAAAGUGCUCCCAAGAAGGUCAGAGGAGCAGUGACCUUGACUUCUGCAUCAUUUACUGCCCUGGGGUUGGUGCUGGGACAAGUUGUUGGAAUUAGAGAACUAUUAGGGGGAGAGGAGAGCUGGCCUCUUCUUUUAGCUAGCAAUGUGGUGCCUGGUCUAAUCCAGCUGAUUACUCUGCCUUGGUUACCAGAAAGCCCUAGGUACCUCUUGAUUGACCGAGGUGACAAGGAAUCCUGCAUCUGUGCAUUGCAGAAGCUGAGAGGUAAUGGUGACCUGAGCAGUGAGCUGGAGGAAAUGCUAGCAGAACAGGCUGCCAUCAAAGGUCAGAGGGCAAAGAGUCCGUGGGAGCUGUUCCAGAAUCCAGCUGUAAGAUGGCAGCUAAUAAGUAUCAGUGUGCUGAGCAGUGCCAUGCAGCUCUGUGGAAAUGACUCGAUGUAUUUUUAUGCUUCCUAUGUGUUCCAAGAGGCUGGAAUUCCAUAUGAGAAAAUCCAAUAUGUCAUUAUCGGCACCGGGUGCUGCGAAUUGAUCACAGCCGUUACUUCUAAUGCAAUAAUAGACCGUGCUGGGCGGCGGUUGCUGAUUCUGGGGGGAUACAGCCUCAUGGCAGUAUGGGCCAUCGUCUUCAUGGUUGCUUUAUCCCAGCAGAGUCGGAUUAGCUGGAUGCCUUACCUCAGCAUGGCCUGUAUUUUCGCCUAUAUCCUGAGCUUUGGAAUUGGACCAGCUGGUGUGACAGGAAUUUUGCCGACAGAGAUUUUUGAUCAAAUGGCUCGUCCAGCUGCUUACAUGAUCUGUGGCUCUCUGCUCUGGUCCAAUCUAUUUGCAGUUGGAAUGGCCUUUCCAUUCAUUGUGGAAGGUCUUGCUCACUUCUGCUACCUUCCGUUCUUCACGGUUUGUGUCUGCACUGCUCUAUAUGUCGGGUUUUUUCUUCCCGAGACAAAGGGGAAAACCUUCCUGGAAAUCUCCAAUGAGUUCAACAAGCGCAACUUCAAAGCUCAGACACGUGAGAAGUUUUGGAAAGGCCCUGAGGAAAUCAAAUCCACUAUGUUAUAGUCUGGGAAUAAGUAAAGGUGGCUGGUGGUUGGAAAAUAUCCUGAGAUGUUUCUCUUUUCUUGUUAGGGUGGAGACAGAAGAGGUGGGGGCUAGGGAGAAGACACUAGUCUUGGUUGUGUAGUGGAAAGUUUUCAUACUAAAGCAGGAAGUUCAGCUGAUGUUCCUUGUUCAUUUCAUUUGUUAAAAACAGUUUGCACAGCAUUUCUGCUUAGAACUGUAGCAUUUAUUUAUUCCACAGUGCCCUUUGCCAUCUCUUGGGAGCAUCCACAGUGAUAUGCUACUUUGACAAACCAUUUUGAAAGCUUCUUUUAAAAAGAAUGGAUCACACUGGAUAUUAUGAUUCCAUUUAUUAAUGGUUUAUAAAGGGUUAAUAAAAUAUUAAUAUAUGUUAUACACAUUACAGACAUGAGUACUAUGCAUUAUAGAUUGUUGUAAGCAGAAGGUGUUAUAGAUGGUUAUAACUAGGGGCCUCAUUAAAUCACAAUUUCAUGGAGACCACGGAAAUCGUAAAUAUGCCCUCGGGCCCCAAACCAUGAAUGGUAGUCAAUUUCAGGGACAGAAUGAAUUUUACAACUAAAUUGAGUCAAUUUCCAGAUGGAAUAAAUUUUACACAUAGUAGUCAAUUUAAAGGGCAGGAUGAAUUUUACAAGUAAUGUUAAUCAAUUUCAAGGAUGGAAUCAGUUCCCAAUCUUGAAAUUGACUCAAUUUAGUUGUAAACUUCAUUCCAUCUUUGAAAUUCACUAACAUUAACUGUAAAAUUCAUUCCACUCAAACUCCAUGCAAUUCAGUACUCUGCCAUUUAAACUGUUGUGGAUUUUCUUAAAAAAAAAAAAAAGGGCUCUAGUUAAAAGCCACCUAUUGACCUUCUGGCCUCUGUAAUAAUCUAUAACGUUUGAUUAACCACAUAUUAAAAAUCUGUCAAUCAUUCAUUAACCCAAUAAUUCAUUAAUCUUUUACAAGCCUUUUAUUCGUGGAACAGAAAAUUAAAGUAUGAGCAAAUAAUGUGUUCAUUUCCCUCCUCCCCUCUACUUCCCUUUCUCCAUCAAAGUCAUCACUUUUGAUUUAUUUUUAAUUUUAGACAAAUACUAAAGAAAUCUUCAGAGGACUUUUAUUUGGGGGAAAUAUACACCUAGCACUUAGUGACUUCUCACUGUUUUGUCCUGCACAAUCAGCUUGUGUUUUCCUCUCAUUUAGCUACCCCACUAGUUGUGGUUUAGAUACCUCAUACAUUCAGAUAAGGGGCACUAAUGCUGACUGUGUCAGUGAUGAGAUUCAGUUAUUGUUUUUUGUAAUCCUAUCCACUCAAGUGCAGCACAGGGACGUUAAUCUUUCUGAAGGAGAGUUGAUUUUUAACUGCAAUAUGUUUUCCAGCCACAUAAAUAUACAGACACAUUAGGUGUGCAGAAGUACUCUGUCGUGCCUCGUGCCUCAGCUGCCCCAGGUGUGUAUAUACUGACUGUUGUGUCAUCGUUCACAUGAGACAAAUGACUGAUACAUCUCAGUGAAAGUUUAACGAUCAGUUGGUAUUUUUCAAGGCUAAAUGGCAUAUAGUUGGGAACCCUAAUUUAAAGUGUUACGAACUGGUUGUAUAUUCUGUUUCUCUCUGAGCAGUACCAGACUCCAGUUUAAUACUUAACUAUAUUUCUUCUUUAGCCCUUCUUCACCCAAACAAUGUCUACCUCGCUAUAAUCCUCUCAACUCUUUGCCUCUAAACCUGACUCUGAAAUAAUUAAUCAUAUUAAGGCCAAUCUUAAAUUCUGUUUUCAGAAGCCAGAUGACAUUUUAUUUCCUCAUCUCAAUGCUCAUGUUUUUGAUGGUAUAGGUGAUCUCAAAUAGAUGCCAACCUGUUGAACAAUAAUGGGCUGUUAAUCAUUUAACAGAUUGGGAAGGAAAGCUCCUCCUCCUACUUAAUCAGUGACUUGUUGUACACCUGGCUUUUGGGCAUUGCUUUUGGAAUUAUUUAUUCUGAACUGGUUCUCUUCAUGGCUUGCUCAUAGUGGUUUAUGUACAUUUUAAAACGUAUACAGCUACUUCUCUUGCACUGUUUGUAUGAGAGGCACGUGGGCUCCCAGGGGUGCUCUUGAUACUUCUCAUAGGGAGUGGUUCUUCAUGUAAGCUCUGCCAAGCUCAGAGUAGAGAGGGGAGCCAGUCAUGGCCUCCUGAUUCUGUUAUGUGCAUCCGGCUCAAGCUCAAGCUGUAGCAGGCAGAUGUAACUUACACUGCCACUGGAGAAUCAGAUGUAGCAAAAGCCUUGUUCCACCCAUUACAUUCCCCUGUGCCCACUGCCUUUCCUCCUCACCAUACAGGGAGUGUAGGUUCUGGUAAAACCAGGUAAUGACGCCAGCAACAUCAGAGCAGCCUCUUCCAGCUUUACACCCACAGAUUCCCCCUAUGUGUGGGUUAUUUUCCAGUGGCAAUCUCUGGCUGCUUUGGGUAAGCUGUGAAGAGUGAAUUUGGCACUCCAGAAAAUCUGGCUCAUAGACAGGAGCCCUUUCCAUGGUACUGAGGUUUGCUAGCACUGAAAUGUUAUCCUGCUAUAAUAGCUGGCAUGCUGUAUAUUAUCCCCUGCCUUAAUGGGCCAAAAGGCAUACCUCGUGUAAAUCGUUUAAAGCUUCAUCGAAUCCAUUUGACUUCAGUCCGGUCCACUCCAGAGACCCAAAGCACUGAAGUGCCGCUGGUGUCUCUCACUGUUUUUGAAAGGCUUGACGAGGGUAAAUGGUUACUUUGGGGGUUAUUCUUACCAAUCUUUGCUUGAGAGGCUACAGUGAAACUGCCUUUUCUUCUUCUCUGUGACACUCUGGCUUUGUGUGUCUGCCUGGCUCCUGCAACCUGACCAGUCCCUCAAAAGCCAAAAAUGAAAUGCUCACAAUACGUCAGGGACAUGCUCAGCAUCUGCCAGCCAAGUGACAGAGGUGUGCCAGACUUCAGACAUCUUUGGUGCCAUGCUCCUGGCUGCCCUCCAGACAUUGUGCUGUGUCAGUUAACCACUCACACGGUAAAAGUGUUGUGAGCUUGCUGCUUGGGUUAACAGGAGCCCAGAGGAACAGUCCCAGGGAAGCAGGAGCUCGUAGGGACAGCAAACUCCGCUUCCAAGCUCUGAUUCAAUUUUCUUUGAGCAUUGCAUAGAUUUCAAUAUGACUAAACAUUAUGCAUCUUGCCCAGCAGUUAUUCCAGCAGUGGAAUCCUAUGUUUCACCUUUGAAUCACUUACUUCUUAGGGACAGAUUUUUACAGGUAUUUAGGUGCCUAGUGAGAUAUUCAAAGCAUCCAAGGGCCUAGCACUAAUUGAAAUCAAUGAGUUUUAAGCACCUAGGUGAUUUUGAAAAAUCCCCUUAGAUGCUCAACUCUCUUUAAAAAUCUGGCCCUUAGUGACCAGGUAUUAAAUGCAUCAGUGCUUAUUAGUCAUAGGGCUUGAGACUAACAUUUGCUCUCUCGGUCACAUCUUGUCACAUCUUUAAUUGUGCAAUAAGAAACUUGGCUUUGGGCUGAAGUAUUUCCUGUAGAUUUAUCUACCAUAUGUGUUUUAAGGUCGCUAGCAUUGUGGUACUUGUGCACCAAAUUGUAGCGGUCAUGGUCAGGGAUCUUCCCAAACCACCCCACUUUCUCUUACAGUGCAUGAAAUGAAACAGCACAGUUAAAAGUUCCUGGAAAGCGGGUGUCACUGGCCAGAUGCCAGAACAAUGUAGCAGCUUGUUUGUGUUAGGUGCAGUGUGUUCCAACAGUAAGCAGGGUGUUCCCAACAGUGAAAGACUCCAGGAUAGCUCCAUCAUCUGAACAAUCAAAAGUCCCAUAUACUGUACUAACCAUUUCAGCAACCCAAGUGCAGGACAUGGCCAGGGCUUCUCGUUUAGUACAUACCUAUUACUGUAGCUGUUGGGCAUGUCUGUGA